UUACCUUUUUUCAUGUGACUGUCAUAGGACACAUCUCAGCUCAUUACUUUCAGGGAACAGAUUGAUCAGCGAUGGGGUUUCAUGUAGUGUGCUUGAGCCUUUGUCAUGGCUGUCUAAUCGUUAAAUUACAACUUCUCUUCAUGAAAGCGAUCACCUAAACGAAAUAUAGUUGCUAUUUAACUCAAGUUCCCCAUGGACAUCCGGGCUACAGUCAGAGUGACCACCGGUGCAUGAUACCAGCUAGAAGCCUCUCCCGUGCCUGGCGGUGAAGUAGCGCCGCUGCCAUGUUCGCCCGUCGGUCUUUUCCCUCAGGUCGCGCCCUUCACUGCCUUCAGGGCGAUGGCAGCUGCCACUUUGGCGGCGAUGGGCAGUAUCAAAGACGCUAUCGGCGAAUCCGCCGAUGCAAGACUUGCCGGGCCAUGCAUAACAUACCUUCUCAAGCUAACGUUCUUCUCCUGACCUGGUGGCGCUCUCUCCUGCUCUCCUUGCCGCCCAUUAUCUUCGACGAAAUCAUCCAGACCCUAGUCGACAACAACGAUGGUAGGGCGGGCUUGGCCAGCUUGGCCCAGACUUGCCGCUAUAUACAUGACCGUCUCACACCAAUCCUAUACCGUGAAAUCGAGGACCCCACAAUCUACAGUGUAGUUGGCAACGAGGUGGCUAGGUCUAACAGGGUUAGGCCGACUACCUUGGGCUUACCAAUACCUUUUCAUUCCCCUAGCGGCCACUUUGGCGACGAAUUGCAAUUUCACUGGCAGACACGCUACCGGUAAAUCCGCCGAGGCCUUGCCGCCGGUAGUAUAUGCGCGACCUUAGUGUGUUCA